AUGUUCGUUCUCUCGAUUUCUCUCAGACAUGCGAUGUACCGCGCUGCCUCCGCCGCCAGCGGAAGCGCAGUAAGGUCUUUUAUUCCAAAGCCCCAAACCGCCAGCUCACAAUUGAGCCAAUUCACAAGAGUGAUGGGCAGUCAACUCUGGGCCUCGCAACGACGACUCUUCACCGAAGAAGCUAGAGAGCCCGCCAUCGGAGACAGGAAAUCUAACGUCAGACAAGUUUCGCGAAAUUCCUUUGGCCUGCCGCCUACCCGCCCCGACCCAGAGCCAAAGGCCACCAUCUACGUUGGAAACAUCUUGUUCGAUAUCACUGCUGCUGAUUUGAAGGAAUUCGCUAGCAAAUAUGGAAAGGUUUUGGGCACCCGAAUCAUCUACGAUACUCGUGGUCUCAGCAGAGGAUUCGGUUAUGUCAGAUUCCAGAGCGUUGAGGAGGCUAAGAAGGCCAUUGAUGAGAUGCAUCUCAGCGAAUAUGAAGGCCGUAAAUUAAGCGUCAACUUUGCCCAGAUUGAGCUUAGGGAAGAACAACCUCAAAAACAGAUGGAGCCAACCCGUACCAUCUUCGUCGGCAACAUUGCCCAUCAGAUCACCGAGCGCGACCUCCAUGCCAUUUUCGAUGAUAUCCCCAAUGUCUUCGAUGUCCGUGUUGCUGUUGACCGUAGAACUGGGAUGCCAAGAGGCUUUGUUCACGCUGAAUUCACUGAUGUCGAGAGCGCCAUUGCUGGAUUUGAGAUCUUGAAGGGCCAGGCUCCUUAUGGCCGCCCGCUGCGACUAGACUACAGCCACAGCGCUAGACGCCCAGGUGAAGUCGACAACUCUAGGGCCCCUGCUGCCAACCCAGAAGUUGAGGCAGAGGCUCAGCAGGAGACCGAUGCAUCGCCCUCUGAGGCAGCUCCCAAAGCUGCUCUCUAA